GUUCCGCAUUAAAUAUUAUUAUUUUAUUUUACUACAAAUAUUCAAAAGAAUUUACAAAAAUGUCAUACAAGAAAACUAAGGCUAUAUUAGAGUGCGCUCUUUCGUUUGAUGUCAUUUGGACUGGUCAGCUACAGUUGCUGUUCGUCUAAUGCGGUUUAACAACAUUGAAAAUAAUUUCAUUUUCUAUAUCGACUUCAGGAAACCAGCCAGCGACUCGAAAAAUUGCAUGUACCAUACGAAAAUGAGUUUCGAAUGCAAAUUCAGCAUCUUCAUCUGAAAGAGAAGGAUAUUCUUCGUCAAUUUAUUUUAGAACACGAGUGGAACUUGGGGAGCUCAAAAGUAGUAUCCAUGUCCAAGGAAGCUGGCAUUGUAUCUGUCACUGAAUAUGUGCUACGGCUACGUUCAAAACUAACUAUUCAACAGGUGAUGAAUGAUCUCUUGGAGGUAGAACACGGUCUACUGGCGGAAGUUGUUAGCAAUUCCUACUUAGACACUUCCUGUUCAACCAAUCUUCGUGAAAUCCUGCGCGAUAGCUUCAACUCCGUAUUGGACGACCUUUGCAUCGAUCCAAGUGUAAUUCCCUGUAACUAUUUGGAACUUCUUAAUCCUCACCUACCAGAUUCGGAGAUGGUCCGCGUGCGGACCCAACACGUUCAUUUGCUGCUCGCGAAGGAAAAGCUUCACGCACUGACUGAAGCUGUAGGUCUGCAGGUGCCAUGGAGAUUGGAGUGUGACGAACGUCGCCGCACAACAUUUGGGCGAAUUAUGCGAGAAGCAGUGCGAAAUCGGGCGGAUGCCCUCGAAAUACUCUUUACCUCGGCAAAGAUGAAAACAGUAUCGUGGAAAUAUUUCCUCGCAAUACUCCACCUGGUGUCGAUUGCCAUCGAGUGCGACAAGGUGGAGAUAGUUCGCGUGAAAGGAAUUAUGAAAGAGAUGUUUGCACAGGUGGCAGAAAAAGAAGACUUCGAGCUAUUUCUUAUCUUGAUGGUAAGUGCCAGGGAAAUCUGCGCGUCCAAUGAAAACGUGUUAGGUUCAUAUUCUGCUUGGUAUAAGACUACAAUCGGAGAGAUGAGUUACAUAAUUACAAAAGAACAGUUUGUGCAGAUGGUACAACUAAUGACCAGAAUGAUCGAUUUGGAGAAGGAUCCUGGAGUAUUAAAAGUACAUAUAAACAUUUCUGUGUCUACUCCUUUAAGGUGCAUGGAGCUGAUAGUGACUUAUAAGCAGAUAUGCCGGGCUCAACUGGCAAAGCUAGUCAAUGAACAAAAUCGUGAUAAUGUAAGCAUGGAUUGUGAAACGUCUAUUGUCAUCGAUGACGAUUAA